GAAACACAAUCCUCCACUGUGAACAUAUCCAAGCUACUUCCGGUCAACUCUGUAGUUUUUACAGCACAUGCCGUGGAUAACGACCUUGAAGGUAAGUUUGAUUUAUAGGGGAACAUGAUCGUGCAGGUAAAAGGCGGGAGAAGGGGUCAUGACCGUGCAGGUAAGACGUUUGUUUCUCAACCAGUUGGACACACGAGGACAUCGAAUGUUCCCCCGGCAUCAGAUUUUAGUGACUUGUGGACCGUUUAGGCGAUACCUUUGGGUAUCAUUUCAUUUAUUUGUUUAUUUAGGCCUAUUUGAUUGAUGUUUAGCUACGUGUUAAAGACUUCGUCAUUUUAAUUUUAUAGCGUUCAGGUGUAUACUGGUUGAGAAAACCGCAAUACCGAAGUAAACCACCACUCUUCACCAGAUUCGACGUCGCUCUUGAUUGUUUCUUAUUACCGAAAUUAGGAAGUAGACUUGUCUUCCUGUAUGGGUUUAUAUGUAAUUAUGUUUUCUCCAUACACACAGUUUUAUUAUGUGAAUACCUCUGAGUAUUCCUUACUUACAGCUGUUCUCCACUACGACAUAAUUGAUCCAUCGAGAAGGUUCAGGAUUAACUCCGAUACUGGGAUUUUAACAUUGAAGAUAUCACUGAAAAAUGCCGACGAUCUGGAGUUCAGCGUAGUGAUUGUAGUCAGCGAUGGCCUGAUGGAGAGCAAUAUGACCCUGGUGAUAAGUGUUUCCCAGAAAAACUUCUCCCCACCAGCGUUCAAACCAGAUGUGUACACCGUGGAGGUCAAAGAAACCGUGCCUCCAGGAACAUUCGUUGAAAUUGUUUUCGCCGAUGACGACGAAGGUGAUUGGAUAACGUACUAUAUCGAAGAAGGAAACGUCGAUGGUAUGUUCCAUAUCGACAGUGUGACUGGUGAAAUAAUGACCCGCUACCACUUGGACGUACAACUCAAUGCAAACUUUACUCUUAAAAUCGUUGCAAAGGAUGACCAUGAUGAUGAUAUGACUUCAAUGACUGGAAGGGCAACCGUUUACAUCACUGUUCUCCCCGUUAAUCAGCAUGCGCCGUCUUUCACUGAAGGGGAGAUAAUCCACGCGAGUAUUUUGGAGGAUGCAGCCAAAGGAACUGUGGUUCAGCUGCCGGAUGCCUAUGAUGAGGACGGUGACAACAUACAGUAUUCAUUACUUGGUAGCAGUGAUUUAUUUAGUGUAAAUCCACACGAUUCUGACCUCCACUUGCUCGAAGUCAUCGACAGGGAGACAACUCCAACCGUAGCCUUGACACUGGUUGCCAGUGACAAUGGAAACCCGCCCAAAAGUUCGCAUACUUCAGUAGUAAUAGACGUCUUGGAUGUGAAUGACAACCCACCUAUUCUUCAACAUUUAGAUGAUAUUAUAAAAGUCACCCAGUCGGCCAUACGUCUCAAAAUACCAGUACAUAAGGUUAUAGCUAUUGAUCCUGACUCUGGGAACAACGCCGCUCUGACGUAUUCUCUGACGAUGGACACCCCUCUUCUUCGUAUUGACGACAGUGGAGCCAUCUACUGUAAGGCUGAAUGUCUGACGUUAAAUGCUAGUAUCACUUUACCUAUUGUAAUAAACGUGCAGGAUAAAGGGCAUCCUCCACAGGGGACAAGUAACACCACAACACUUCACGUCAUUGUCUCUCCAGGAACAUCUGAUGUCAAUGUGACGGAGGAAGAUGCCUAUUCCUUGGAGCCAUCCCCAAGCGUUGCCUUUCAACGUGCGUUGUCUGGGCACAUCCCGUUUUCUGAGGAAACUCCGAUGCAUAGAUUUACAGCAGCUGAGUUGGACUUUACAGAGGUUAUAUCUUCUUUUGCUACCCCUAUGGAAGAAUUGACUCAAACAGCCGUCAGUCCAACAGCGUCCUUACCUCUCUUGUUUCAAACAACGUCGGCAAUCAUGGACCAGCCCACUGCAAUGCCAUCCGAGUCAACGUCUACUCAGUUAACAUCCACCAGGGCCUUGCCCACAGCGGCUUUACCACUAUCCAGUUAUAAAGAGAUUUGUCAAAGACCCAUCGACGCUGUCAUACGGGAUACCGCUGGAGUAUUUUUCUUUCAGGACAAUUACAUAUAUCGUGUGUUCGAGGGUAGACGGCUAGUGGUUAGAGGUUAUCCCAAGUCAAUCCGUCGGAUAUUCUCUGGUUGGCGGAAGCAGAAAAUCAGUGGACCAAUCAACGCAGCCGUACACUCAGAGGCUUCCGGGUACACAUAUUUAUUUAAGGAGGCUAAAAUUUGGGUGUUUUUGAUGUCCCGGUUGGUGGAAAUCGCAGAGCUGGAAUCACCUGUGGACCUUGUACUAGACGCCGCCAUAGAUUUACCAGGUGUUGGCAUAUUACUCAUCAAAGGUUCCGAUGUGUACAGAUUAACUGAUGAGGAAAAAUUUACACUCAGCGGACCGGAACCACUAGAAUCUCUACUUCCGGGUGCCCCUUUGCCGCUAGACGGUGCUUUCGUCAGUACAGACCAAAAGACAAUUCACCUUUUUUCAGGAGAUUUAGCUUAUGACUGGAAUGUUGAGGAUAAAACCCUAUCUGAAGAAUCCCCCAUCCAUAUAACUGAAUGGAUGGACUGUGAACUGUAGGGAAUCUGUCUGGAUAACGUGCGAGAGUUUUCGGCGACCGUUAUAUCUCUCCUAUGAUUCAUUCCGAAGUCAGUAAAAACUGAUAAAACAC